AUGGAAGGUAGACGACAAUAUGGUUGGGGCCGUCGGCGUGGAUCCAGGCAAACCCAGGACCAAGAGAAGGAACAAGGGUCAGUAGCAAACCAGAACCAGGGACCCAGAGGUAAAGGAGGGGACCAGGUUGAUACAACUAUCAAUGGUAUGACUGAUUUAUUAGCUCGAUUGGUUGACCAGCAAGGUCAAGUACCUAGUAACCAGCAAAGAGACCCUGAAAUUGGUGAAGACAGGGCCCUUGAACGAUUCCAAAAGUUCGCUCCUCCUAAAUUUUUUGGAGGACCAGAUCCCGAAGUUGCCGAGAACUGGUUUGAAAGAAUGGUGGACAUCUUUGCUGCAUUGCACUACACAGAGAAAAGGCAAGUAACCUUCGUCGUUUUCCAGUUGGAAGGCGCAGCCCGUUCCUGGUGGAACGUAGUGAGGGCAAAGUGGGACAGGGAGCAAACUCCCCGUACUUGGUUUAAUUUCACUAGGGAGUUUAACGAGAAGUUCCUCCCGCCUUUAAUCCAGGAGAAAAGAGAGGAUGAAUUUAUCAAACUGCGCCAAGGCACUUCGAGUGUGGCGGAGUACGAGACCCAGUUUAUGUAG